AUGCUCAACUCUCGCCGCGCCAUUGUGGCUGCGGUUUUUGUCCUCACUGUCUUCUUCCUCCUGACGAGAUCGCACUCCUCGACACCUGUCGUUCCAGCAGCUCAAAAUGCUGCCGCCGCCGCCGAUACAAGCAAGAACGAUGCCCCUGCCUCAAACGAAGCCGUGCCACCACCACCCGAGAAAAAAGAACCAGAGAUGGAGGUGAAGGAACGUCGCACGCGGCCUCGCAUCGACAUGUCGGGGAUGACAACCUAUGAGAAGCUCGAAUACGCCUACCCCUACGAUGUUACCUCCAAGUUUCCCGCCUACAUCUGGCAGACGUGGAAACAGAGUCCCGAUCAGGGCGAUUUCCAGUUCAAGGACCACCAUGGUUCAUGGAGAGAAGAGCACCCUGGUUUCGUUCACGAAGUUGUCACCGACGACGUUGCUGUCAACCUGAUUCGCCUUCUUUACGCUACUGUCCCUGAGGUUGUCGAGGCUUACCGAAGCCUACCCAUGCCCGUCCUCAAGGCUGACUUCUUCCGCUACCUGAUCCUGUUUGCGCGAGGUGGUAUCUACUCUGAUAUUGACACCUAUGCCAUCCAGAGCUCUGUCAAGUGGCUGCCCGAACAAAUCUCUCGUGACACCAUCGGACUGGUUAUUGGUAUCGAGGCAGACCCCGACCGUCCUGAUUGGGCUCAAUGGUACAGUCGCCGUAUCCAGUUCUGCCAGUGGACGAUACAGGCCAAGCCUGGCCACCCUGCUCUUCGCGACAUCAUCAACCGAAUCACCAAAAAGACAUUGGACGAAAAGCGUAAAGGCACUCUGGAAACGUUUGUUGAUCGCAACGUCGUUGAGUUCACGGGCCCCGCUGUAUGGACAGAUGCCAUUAUUGACUACUUCAAUGAUGGACGUUUUUUCGACAUGUCGCAAAGCAAAGGAACGAUUGAUUACAAGAACUUUACCGGCAUGGAGACAAUGGGACAGAUGGGCUCCAAGGAGCCUGACGACCCCAUGGCUUAUGUCAAGCAUGAUUUCGAAGGAACAUGGAAGCCUGAGAGCGAGCGUCAUAUGGGUGAGCAGAAGCAAGAAGAAGGACAGCAGGCACCCUUGCAGCAGGAGGGACAGCCUCAACAGGGACAGCCUCAACAGGGACAGCCUCAACAGGGACAGCCUCAACAGGGACAGCCUCAACAGGGACAGCCUCAACAGGGACAGCCUCAACAGGGACAGCCUCAACAGGGACAGCCUCAACAGGGACAGCCUCAACAGGGACAGCCUCAACAGGGACAGCCUCAACAGGGACAGCCUCAACAGGGACAGCCUCAACAGCAGCAGCAGCCACCUCCGGCCCAGCAAUAA